GUGCAGCAGCUGGGGCGGCUGCGAGCGCGGAGCCGCGGGUGGACUGACGGACCGACGAGCGGCGCCUCUCCCCCGCGCCCCCAUGGCGGCCUCCGAGCGCCGCGCCUUCGCGCACAAGAUCAACAGGACGGUGGCGGCCGAAGUCAGGAAGCAGGUGUCCCGCGAGUACGGCGGCUCCCCCCAGCUCUGCAAGAGGAGAAGCGGCUCCCAGCAGGUUGUGCCCCUGACGGAGGUCGUGGAGCCCCUGGACCUGGAGGAGUUCCUGCUGAACCACCCUCUGGAUGCGGAGCCCGGCCCGCUGCGAGACCUCAUGGAGUUCCCGGCCGACGACCUGGAGCUGGUGCUGCAGGCCCGCGAGUGCCGGACCACAGAGCCCGGGAUCCCAGAAGAGGGGAAACUGGACGCUCGGGUGAGAGACGCCAUCGAAACCUACACUGAGGACUGGGUCAUCGUGCGCAGGAAGUACCAGAACCUGAGUUCAUCAUACAGUCCCAGCACCUCCGAGAGGCAUCGAGAGCGGCAGAAAAGCCUGAGUCGACAAGUCUUUGAGAUGGAUUCAGCUGCAGAUGAGAGGCUGGCCUCUGAGGACUUGGAUGACCUGAAGCACUGCUCGGCCUCCCUGGACGACACACCCCGGGGGAGCUGGGCCUCCAACAUCUUCGACCUGAAAAACUCUGCUGCGGACUCGCUGCUGCCCUCCCUGCUGGAGCACACAGCGCCCGAGGAGAUCGACCGCAGGAACGAGGAGCUCCGGAGGCAGAACCGGCCCCGCGACCUCUUGGCCCUGUACCCCGCCCCGGACGAGGAUGAGGCUGUUGAGCGUUGCAGUGUCCCAGAGCCCCCCAAAGAACACUUUGGGCAGAGAAUCCUGGUCAAAUGUCUGUCUCUCAAGUUUGAGAUAGAAAUCGAGCCCAUCUUUGGAAUCCUUGCCCUGUACGACGUCAGGGAAAAGAAGAAGAUCUCAGAAAAUUUCUACUUUGACCUGAACUCUGACCACAUGAAGGGACUGCUCCGGGCCCAUGUGGCACACCCAGCCAUCUCCACCCUGGCGCGCUCUGCCAUAUUUUCCAUCACCUACCCCUCCCCAGACAUCUUCCUGGUCAUUAAGCUGGAGAAAGUCUUGCAGCAAGGGGACAUCGGUGAGUGCUGUGAGCCUUACAUGGUCAUGAAGGAGUCAGAUGCUGCGAAGAACAAGGAGAAGCUGGAGAAGUUACGUCACGCAGCCGAGCAGUUCUGCAGCCGUCUGGGCUGCUACCGCAUGCCCUUUGCCUGGACCGCCGUGCAUCUGGCCAACAUUAUCAACAGUGCUGGCUCCACGGACCGAGAUUCCUCCGACUCUGAGAGCGAGCGGAAGUCCACUUGGAAUGAGAGGAAGAGGAAGGCCUUUGAGCGGGCCAGCCUUGGGGAUGAUUCCUGUAGCUUCUCUAACUUUCGCCCAGCUACCCUGACCGUUACUAACUUCUUCAAACAGGAGGGAGACCGCCUGAGCGAUGAAGAUUUGUACAAGUUCCUGGCAGAUAUGAAGAGACCGUCCUCUGUGCUACGGAGGCUUCGGCCUGUCACAGCCCAGCUUAAGAUCGACAUCUCUCCAGCCCCUGAGAACCCCCACUUCUGCCUGUCCCCAGAGCUGCUGCAUGUGAAGCCAUACCCCGACCCCCGUGGUCGCCCCACCAAAGAGAUCCUGGAGUUUCCAGCCCGGGAGGUCUAUGCCCCCUUCACCAGCUACAGAAACCUGCUAUAUAUCUACCCCCACAACCUCAACUUCAGCAGCCGCCAGGGCUCGGUCAGGAACAUCGCCAUCAAAGUGCAGUACAUGGCAGGGGAGGACCCCGGCCAGGCUCUGCCGGUGAUAUUUGGGAAGUCCAGCUGCAGCGAGUUUUCCCGAGAGGCCUACACAGCCGUGGUGUAUCACAGCAAGUGCCCCGAGUUCUACGAGGAGUUCAAGGUGCAGCUCCCAGCCAACGUGACCGAGAACCACCAUCUGCUGUUCACAUUCUAUCACAUCAGCUGCCAGCCCCGGCCCAGCACCCCUCUGGAAACCCCCGUGGGCUACACCUGGAUUCCCCUCCUGCAGCACAGCCGCUUGAGGACGGGCCCCUUCUGUCUGCCUGUGUCCGUGGAUCGGCCGCCCCCCAGCUACUCGGUGCUCACCCCCGAUGUCGCCCUCCCCGGCAUGCGGUGGGUGGAUGGCCACAAGGGCGUGUUCAGCGUGGAGCUGGCGGCCGUGUCCUCCGUGCACCCGCAGGACCCCCACCUGGACAAGUUCUUCACACUGGUCCACGUCUUAGAGGAGGCGUCCUUCCCCUUCCGCCUGAAGGACGUGAUCCUGAGCGAGAACAACGUGGAGGCGGAGCUGAAGAGCAGCGUGGGGGCCCUGCGGCUGGCCAGCCCCGAGCCCCUCGUCGCCUUCUCCCACCACGUGCUGGACAAGCUCAUCCACCUCAUCGUGCGGCCCCCCGUCAUCGGCGGCCAGAUCGUGAACCUGGGCCGCGGGGCCUUCGAAGCCAUGGCCCUCGUGGUCAGCCUUAUCCACAAGAGCCUGGAGGGAGCCCAGGACCAGAGGGGCCACAGCCAGCUGCUGGCCGCCUACAUCCACUACGCCUUCCGCCUGCCGGGCCCUGAGCCGGGCCCCCCGGGGGUGCCGCCUCCGCCCCCCGUGCAGUGUGCUACCCUGUCCCGGGCCCCGGGCCGGCCCUCCAGCCUCCACCUGUCACGCUCCAAGAGCAUCAGCAGCAGCAACCCGGAUCUGGCCUCCUCCCCCUGCUCUCCGGACGAGGAGGUCACCCGCAUCCUGGCCUGCAAGGGUGUGGACCGCUCUCACUCCUGGGUGAAUUCUGCUUAUGCCCCCGGGGGCAGCAAGGCCGUCCUGCGGCGGAUUCACCCCCACUACAGCGCUGACCUCAAACAGGCCGUGGAUCGAGGUCCUAACCGAGCUUCCUCCUAUCUCGAGGGCUCCUCGUCCCUGCCGGCGACCUCCCAGCCAAGACCCACUGGGAGGAAGCUGCUGCACGAGGAGCUGGCCCUGCAGUGGGUGGUGAGCGGCAGCGCCGUCCGGGAGGCCGUCCUGCAGCAUGCCUGGUUCUUCUUCCAGCUCAUGGUAAAAAGCAUGUCCUUGCACUUGGUGCUGAGUGAGCGUCUGGACACUCCGCGGAAGCUGCGCUUCCCAGGCCGUUUCAUGGACGACAUCUCCGCUCUGGUCAACUCGGUGGGGCUGGAGGUCACCGCCCGCAGCCACAAGGACUCGGAGCUGGCGGAGCGGCUCAACGCCAGCCUGGCCUUCUUCCUCAGUGACCUCCUGUCCCUGGCGGACCGGGGCUUUGUAUUCCUCCUCAUCAGGGCCUAUUACAAGCAGGUGGCCACUCGCCUGCAGACCUCCCCCAACCCCAACGGGCUGAUCACCCUGCGCAUGGACUUCACCAGGAUCCUCUGCAGCCACGAGCACUACGUGACCCUGAACCUGCCCUGCAGCCCCAUCUCCCCCCCGGCCUCCCCCUCGCCCUCCGUCUCCUCAGCCACCUCCCAGAGCUCGGCCUUCUCCAGCCACGUCCAGGACCCCAAGGUGAUCAGCAUGUUCGAGCUCUCGGGCUCCUUUCGGCAGCAGCACUUCCUGGCCGGGCUUCUGCUGACCGAGCUGGCCCUGAUUCUGGAGCCCGAGGCCGAGGGGGUGUUCUUCCUGCACAAGAAGGCCAUCAGCGCCGUGCACAGCCUGCUGUGCAGCCACGACGCCGACGCCCGCUACGCCGAGCCCGAGGUCAAGGCCCGCGUGGCCCAGCUCUACCUGCCGCUGCUCACCCUGGUCCUGGACACGCUCCCCCAGCUGCAUGACUUCUCAGAGAGCAGCGGGCAGCGCUCCCGGCUGGCCUCCAUGGCCGAGGUGGACACGGACAUGGAUGGGAGCAGCACCAUCAGCCCCUCCGUGGCCAUGGCGAUCGCGGGGAACCCCCUCCCCCCGGGUCCGCGACCCAGCCUCCCCCUGGGGCCUCCGGCUCCCCCCCGCACAGUUAGCCCCCUGGCAGCAGACACGAGCCGGACCCUGCUGAUCUGUGCGCUGUGGGUGCUGAAGAACGCCGAGCGUGGACUCCUGCAGCACUGGACCAGUGACCUGGGGCCCGCACAGCUGGUCCGCCUGCUGGACCUCCUGCACCUUUGCACAUCCUGCUUUGAAUACAAGGGGAAGAAGGCCUUUGAACGGAUCAACAGCCUCACUUUCAAGAAGUCACUGGAUAUGAAAGCUCGCCUAGAGGAGGCUAUUCUGGGAAACAUUGGGGCCCGGCAAGAGAUGGUGCGUCGCAGUCGGGAGAGAAGCCCAUUCGGGAACCAGGAGAACGUGAGGUGGAGAAAGAACGUCACACACUGGAAGCAGACCUCAGACAGGGUGGACAAAACCAAGGAUGAGAUGGAGCACGAAGCCCUCGUCGAUGGGAACCUGGCCACGGAGGCCAACCUCAUCGUCCUGGACACCCUGGAGGUCAUAGUGCAGACAGUGAUCUUGUCAGAGGCCAAGGAGGGCCUCCUGGGGGCCGUGCUGAAGGUCCUCCUGCACAGCCUGGGCUGCACCCAGAGCGCCCUCUUCCUGCAACAUGGCCUGGCCACCCAGAGGGCCCUCGUGUCCAAGUUCCCCGAGCUGCUGUUUGAGGAGGACACGGAGCUGUGCGCAGACCUCUGCCUCAGGCUGCUUCGCCACUGCAGCAGCCGGGUCACCGCCAUCCGCACCCACGCCAGCGCCUCCCUCUACCUCCUCAUGCGCCAGAAUUACGAGAUCGGAAACAACUUUGCCCGGGUGAAGAUGCAGGUGACGAUGUCCUUAUCGUCCCUCGUGGGGACGACGCAGAAUUUCAACGAGGAGCACCUGCGGCGCUCACUGAAGACCAUCCUCACCUACGCCGAGGAGGACCUGGAGCUGCGGGACAGCACCUUCGCCGAGCAGGUCCAGGAUCUUAUGUUCAACCUGCACAUGAUACUGACGGACACCGUGAAAAUGAAGGAGCACCAGGAAGACCCGGAGAUGCUCAUUGAUCUCAUGUACAGGAUUGCCCGUGGGUACCAGGGCUCCCCAGACCUUCGCCUAACGUGGCUUCAGAACAUGGCCGGCAAGCACGCGGAAAGGGGGAACCACGCCGAGGCGGCGCAGUGCUUCGUCCACGCGGCAGCCCUGGUGGCCGAGUACCUGGCCCUGCUGGAGGACAGCCGCCACCUGCCCGUGGGCUGCGUCACCUUCCAGAGCAUCUCGUCCAAUGUCCUGGAGGAGUCGGCGAUCUCCGAUGACAUCCUUUCCCCCGACGAGGAGGGCAUCUGCUCCGGCAAGCACUUCACGGAGCUGGGGCUGGUGGGGCUGCUGGAGCAGGCGGCCACCUCCUUCACCAUGGGUGGGCUGUACGAGGCGGUGAAUGAGGUCUACAAGAUCCUCAUCCCCAUCCUGGAGGCCCAUCGAGACUAUAAGAAGCUGGCCGUGGUCCACGGGAAGCUGCAGGAGGCCUUUACCAAGAUCAUCCACCAGAGCUCUGGUUGGGAGCGCAUGUUUGGAACCUAUUUCCGCGUUGGCUUCUACGGCUCCCGUUUUGGGGAUUUAGAUGAGCAGGAGUUUGUAUACAAGGAGCCAUCGAUCACCAAACUUGCUGAGAUUUCCCACCGGCUUGAGGAAUUCUACUCGGAGCGUUUUGGGGAUGAUGUGGUUGAGAUCAUCAAAGAUUCUAACCCUGUGGACAAAGCCAAGCUGGAGCCCCACAAAGCCUACAUCCAGAUCACCUACGUGGAGCCCUACUUUGACACUUACGAGCUGAAAGACCGAGUGACCUACUUCGACAAGAACUACGACCUCCGCACCUUCCUGUUCUGCACGCCCUUCACGGCCGACGGCCGGGCCCACGGGGAGCUCCGCGAGCAGCGCAAGCGCAAGACGCUCCUGAGCACGGCCCACGCCUUCCCCUACAUCAAGACCCGAAUCAAUGUCGUCCACAAGGAGGAGACCGUGCUGACACCCGUGGAGGUGGCCAUCGAGGACAUGCAGAAGAAAACGAGGGAGCUCGCCUUCGCCACCGAGCAGGAGCCGCCCGACGCCAAGAUGCUCCAGAUGGUGCUCCAGGGCUCCGUGGGGCCCACUGUGAACCAGGGUCCCCUGGAAGUAGCCCAAGUGUUUCUGGCUGAGAUCCCUGAGGACCCCAAACUCUUUCGGCACCACAACAAGCUCCGUCUUUGUUUUAAGGACUUCUGCAAGAAGUGUGAGGACGCUCUGCGGAAGAACAAGUCCCUGAUUGGCCCUGACCAAAAGGAGUACCACCGGGAGCUGGAGAGGAACUACAGCCGCCUGAAGGAGGCCUUGCAGCCUUUGCUGACUCAGCGCAUCCCCCAGCUGUUCGCCCCCCUGGCCUCGGGCCCCAGCCCCAGGAACUCUUUGAACAGAACAAGUUUCAGAAAAUUUGAAGGCUGAUUGAAAAGGAUGCCAAAGGACUGUAGCCAGCCCAGUGGGUCUGGGACCCUUGCACACACAGUGGAGGCCUGGCCUGGGGUGGCUCCCCUCCCCCCCAUCCGGCCACUCUGGUGCUUUUGUCUUCCAUGCCCCUCACCCUGGUCCCCUCUGGCACUGUGCCCAGUUGGGGGAGAAGGGGUCUACACUUGUGUUUACGUUUUCCUUUUUUUUUUUUUUUUUAAUUUAAAGUGACUUUUCAAAAAAAAUCAUCCAGUGAGCAUGAUUCCUCUCUUAAAAGGGGUUGGUUCGGGGGCAGCUUCUUGCCGGGGAGACUACUUGUAUGUCACACCUUCAGCUCCAAGCGCCCAGCCGGGAGGGGGGGGGAGCGGGUCCAAGUCGGUGGGGGGUUGGGGCGGGAGGCAGGCGCCCCUUCCUGCCAGCUGGACCCGGCUUGGAGAAAAGAAGAGGGGCACAGUGGGGCACUGGGCCCUCCCUCCGGUUGGGUUGGGAUGUUUGGAGAUGUUUUGGUAACUGUCUCAACGCCGCCUUCCCCACCCUGACAGCUGGCCCGCUGUGGAUAAGGAAGGAGAGAGAUGCACGAGUACGAGGGUGUUAUCGCCCUUUGGAGAGGGUGCAAGUUCUGGCAGAACCCCAAGAUGCCCCGACAUUACGCCCUACACCCUCCAGGAAGGGCUAGCGGCGGAG